AGAGGCAGCAGCUGGGAGAGGAGACAGACAGACUGCGUAAAGAGACGCAAAGAGAGAGAAACUGGCAGAGUUUCUCGUCCAUCGAUGGGGUUUCUCACGGCUGCAGAGGAGGAGAACUGACGGAGAGAAAUCCGCUCAAAAUGGCUAAAAACCAAGAAGUGGAGCACAUCGCUAAAAAGCUGGAUAAAAUGGUGCACAAGAAGAACACGGACGGAGCUCUCGACCUGCUGAUGGAACUGAAGAACAUCAAGAUGUCUCUAGAGACGCUGCAGUCCACCAGAGUGGGGAUGUCUGUGAACGCGGUGAGGAAACACAGUUCAGAGGAAGAGGUUCAGACUCUGGCCAAAGUUCUCAUCAAGUCCUGGAAGAAACUGCUGGACGGUGCAGAGGGGAAGCUGGAGGAGGAGAAGGAGAAGGAGAAGGAGAAGGAGAAGAAGAAUGAAGACUCUCCUGUGAGGUCAUCCUCCACCUCCAAGGACUCUGGCAGCACUGAGAAAAGCAGUAACACAUCGGGGGACUCGUCCACCACCCCUACUCCCCCAAUCACUCCCACCACACCCACCACUCCCACCACACCCACCACACCCACUACACCCACCUCUCCGAUCCCCCCCAUCCUCCCCGCUCAGGUCAGCUCCUUCCCCCCUCCCCCCGUCACCACGGACAGUGUGAGAAACAAGUGUCGAGAGCUGCUGGUGGCGGCGCUGCAGACUGACGGUGACUACAAGAACAUUGGAGCCAACUGUGGGUAUCUUGCAGCACAAAUCGAAGAGGAUAUCUUCCAUGAGUUUAAGACGACAGAUUUAAAGUAUAAAACUCGUCUAAGAAGCAGAAUCUCUAACCUCAAGGACCAGAAGAACCCUGACCUGCGGCGUAACGUGCUGUGUGGAAACAUCUCGGCUCAACGCAUCGCCUCCAUGACCGCUGAGGAGAUGGCGAGUGCAGAGCUGAAGCUGAUGAGAGAGGCUCUGACUAAAGAGUCCAUCAGAGAGCAUCAGCUGUCCAAGGUCGGGGGGACGGAGACGGACAUGUUCAUCUGCGGCAAGUGCCGCGGAAAGAGAUGCUCAUACACACAGGUGCAGAUCCGCAGUGCUGAUGAGCCGAUGACCACCUUUGUGUUGUGUAACAGCUGCGGCAACCGAUGGAAGUUUUGUUGAGGUGUGUGUGUGUGUGUGUGUGUGUGUGUGUGUGUGUGUGUGUG